UAUACAUAUGCACUUAAUUUUUUAUUAAUAUUAUUUUCAUGUAAUAUAAAAUAAUAAUAAUAAUAUUUCACUUCGUAUGUAUAUAGGUAUAUGAAAAAUCGAUUGAGCUAUGCGCAGUAGACAGAUCUGCUGAUUGGUAACUCUUUCCUGAGGUAGACCGUAUCUAUGGCCAUUAGUAAAAGGUGAUUAGCACAAUACCCAACGUACAAUACUUGUCAGUCAUCUUCUCUUGUUGAGGGCGUGUACUGCAUCGUAUAAGAAAAAAAUUUUAAGUUCCUAUUAGUUAUUAAAAACGUUAAAACGUUCAAGAAAAAGUUACAUUUCUCAAUUUCGAUAGCACCUCAUUCAAUUAUUUUUAUUCAGUAAAGAUGGUUAAAACGGCAAUAAUGAUUUUACAAGAGUUAGGAGUGAAAGAGGGCUUCUUACCAGUUUACACAUUGCUUCGUUCAGAAACUGGUAAGCACAUAAAUAUAUUUACUUAUGAAGUAAAAUAUAAAGAUUUCUCAGCAACUGGACAAGCUUUGAGUAAAAAAGAUGCGAAGCAGAAAGCAGCUCAGAAUAUGUUAACAUUAUUGGAAGACCCAAAUGAUAUUUCCAAGACGAGACCACUAUCAUCAUCAAACGACAUUUAUCCUGAUGCUUCCCCUUCAACAUCAGGACAAGCUUUGCUAGAUUCAACAUUAAUGCAUGAAGACCUUAAAAAUUAUGUUGGAUCUUUGCAAGAAUACUGUGUAGAAAAUAAAUUAACGCAGGCAGAGUAUCAAAUUACUGAUAUAACUGGCCUAGCACACGAACAAGUGUUUACCAUGUCCUGUACAGUAGGGUCAAUAACUGAAGAAGCAACGGGAACUACAAAAAAGCAAGUCAAACAAAGAGUAGCAAAAAAGAUAUUAGAACGUCUCACAAAUACUAAUGAUCCGUCAGUUGCAAACAAAGAUGAAUGCGGAUCUUAUAAUCCUUUUGAAGACUGUGACAAGUUGUCUGACAUAGACAAUGAUGUUCUUGACAAGUUAAGUUUAAAAAUAGAUAAUUGUAAACUAAACGAAACCAAAUCUCAAGCAAAUAAGAAAAAAAAAUAUCUAGAUGCAAAGGUCAAGAGUUACCUAGGACGAAUAUUUCAAAAUGAAGUUAUUGAUUUCGAAAAUUAUCAUUCGUUCUUCAAACAGUACGUUUACAAUACUGUUUGCAAUGGUAGCGAGGAAAAAUUCAUGGAAAUAUUUAAUACUGUCAAGAGCUUUAAGACGAAUUUUACAGAUAUAGAGAAAUGUGACAUCGUAACUUUAACUUCUCUGGAACAGGAGAUUUUAACAUAUAUUCAAGAGAAAAUGAAAUUAUCCAUAGAAAGAAAGAUUAUUGGUUCCAAUGAUCCAUCGCUACAGUUAACUGUUUUUAGAAUAAAUGCUCCUAUACCUAUAACUCAAAUUGGAGCACAUAAAGAUUCUAUGGUUUCAGGAGCAAUAGCUCUAGCUAAUAUUCUUGACACGAUUAUAACAUUCUUGGAGUAAAUGUAAAUGUCCAAUUUCUUACAGUUGUUCUUACAAUUUUACGUUCUGACAUUUACUUUUUGAUAUUAUAAUUUAUAUAUGUCGAUAUCACAAUUUAUACAAUCGUAAUUGUGUUCGCAAUUGUGAUAAUAAUCGUGACAAUAAUCGUGAUCGUGAUCGUAGUCGUAGUCGUAAUCGGGAUCUUAAUCUUAUUCGGAAUCUUAAUCUUAACCUUAAUCUUAAUCGGAAUCGUAGUCGUGAUCGUGAUUGUAGUUGUAGUCGUAGUCGUAAUCCGAUUCUUAAUCUUAAUCUUAAUCGGAAUCAGAAUCGUGGUCGUUAUCGUGAUCGUAGUCGUAGUCGUAGUCUUGAUCGUGAUCGUGUUGUGAUCGUAGUCAUAGUCGUACUAGUAAUCAUGAUUGAUGUCGUAAUCGUUGUUGUAAUUGCAACGUAAUCGUAAUAGUAAUCAAAUGUAAUGGUAACCCUAAAAAAGAUUUUAUACCUUGAGGCUUUACAUAAUCUAUGAAAUUAUAAUCGUAUAAGUAUAUUUUAUAAACUUUUAAAAUCCAUUAAAGUGAAUUUAAGACUUGAAAUAUUUAUUAUAAAAGAAAAUAAAAAAUAAAUGAUCAAUAUAAAAUGUUAGACUGUAAGCGUACAAAUAUAUUUUAUGUCUCGAUAUUUGAUAUAAAAUGUAAAAUUUUAAUCGUAUAAAUAUAUUUUAUUACCUUGACUUUGUUAUAUGUAAACUAAGAAACUGUAAAUGUAUAAAUAUAGUACAAAAUCUUGACGUUUUACAAGAACCGAAAUUGUAACAACAAAAGGCAAAUAAAAAUGGCUGUAAAAGUACUUGUCAUCGUGUUACGUGUAUAAAGAAAAUUCCCUAUUCGAAACAUGUUAUUUUUGGUUUGAAAAGUUAUUAGGCGGGAAUAUAUGAAUUUACCCGUAUUUCAGUCAAUGCUUUUCUUCUAAUUUCUGCAUUAUUCUCUGCAUUAUUAUUUAUUUGUUUAUUAAAAAAUUACUUAUUUAUUACAUUAAAAAAUUAAUUAUUUAUUUUAUUAAAAAGUUAUGAAUGAAAGUUUGAAGAUAUACGUCUUAAUCGCUGCCAAUUUAUUGUCAAUUGAUUUGAAAUAUACAGGAAGGGACGCUAUUCAUGAAAAUCGUUCAAACGCGAUAAUUUCCGCUUUAUUUAUAACCUAUAAAUAAGUGUUAAAGGAAUUGUGAAAUAAUGCUGUUCAGUAUAAGACAACUACACUUGAGAGUGAUUUGUAAUAGAAAAAUUUUGGAUACAUUUAUUGCUAAACCUACAACAAAUCUACAAAGAAAAU